UAAGAGGAAACGCAGCAGCUGAGUCAUUCCUGUUGUGUUUGUUUGAAGUGUGUGGCCUAGGCAGCGUGCGUGUUUGGUACACCGCCGUUCGCAGGAACACGGACUCUGUCGACAAAAUUCCCUUUGAACAGAAGCGGGUGUGAGGAAAAUAUAAGUCCUAAUUAUUAAUUUAUAAGGAAGCAUGGACUCUUGCUGAUGACAACCAACAUUCUCGUGGAUUUCACUAGUCUGGAGUGGAAAUAUGCUGCUGCGUUCAUGUGGAAGCCUCGAAGUAGACGGAAAUUGUCAUAAGUAAGGCGAAUGUGGAUGUAUGCUCUCCAGGGCUUAAGAGCAAGGUGUCCACAUCAUGCCCAUUGUUGUAGAUCCUUAAUUACCACCUCAUCAUCUUCAAGAGACACAAUGGGUUCCAAUGUUGAACUUGAUAUUGGAGCUGAUAUUUCAGAUGAACGACAUUGUAAGAAUCAAGAAGUGAGAAAUUCAACAAACUGUGGACUGAAGAGGAAACGACAGCGGAAGAUCUCUCCUUAUCCUCACAGCCGUCAACCAACAAAAUGUGAAGAUUUUGAAGUUGAGAAAGCCAAAUCAUGGACAGAUGAAAUGUUUGACUUCAUCAAUAAAGAGAUUGCCUUUUACAAGUCAGACGUAAAGAAGAAAGAGACUUCCAACGCUUCUGGGAUUCAACACUGCACUGGACAACCUCUUGACCAAGACGGGUUGAAAAGCAGCAAAGGAACAGAAUUAUUUCCCAGCUCUAACAAGAAUUAUGAUACAUCUGCAUCAGAGAACUGUUUAAAAGAUUAUCAACAUGUCAUGUUGGAUGUUGCUGCCACUUGCACAAAGAAUGAAGCAGAGAGUCCAGUGACUGUGACAGCAGUGUCUGGGGUCACCGUGCCAGAAGAGACUGAGAAGUACCCAGGAUUAACGGUCCGCUGCAGUUCCUCACAAGGAGAGCGUGAGAGACUCAAAGAAACACCAGGCACUCUACCUUUGUUAUCCAAGCAUGUGAGAUGGGAGAGGGAGGAUGUUAGCCUCAAACCAAUUGAAGGAGUAGGUUUAGGCAGUGGGCCUUGUGUGAUUGGUGGAAAUCAAGAUAAAAAUGUAAACCAACUUCAGAAAAUUGAAGACCAACACUACUGCCAUGUUGAAUCUAAGGAUGCAGUUGCACUUUCCAGCCUAGAUUCAUUAACUGAUAAAACUGAGCUUGGCAAAACGCGAGUCUCUAUGUACCAAAGUGAACAAUCGGUGCGCAACCAAACAAGCUAUAAAAAUGCUGAAGAGGAUACAACUGGUGUGUGUUUACAGGCUUGUUUAAGCGCAUCUCUUCCUUUGAAUAAAGUGAGCAGUGGAGAGCUGUUCUAUGUAACGGUUGUAAAAGAUCCACAAUAUGAAGAUAUUUCAGACACAGAAAAUUUAUCGAAUAUGGACACGAAUCUCCUAAACACAAAUCAAAGGGACCCUUCAUAUGAAGAUGUGAGUGAAGAUGAGAAUCCAGAAGUUGAUGAUGAUGAUAAUGACGAGGAGAUGCCUUCACCUUCAUGUGACGUGUCUGAAGCCAGUAAUACGCAGUUUGGACGUGUGCAGAGUCAGGCCGAGUUUCCAAAGAACCAAACACUUGGCAUAGCACAAGAUUGCUCUUGUCCAUGUUUUGUUGAAACUGAGGAUGGGUUUGAACGUUUCUUAUGUCCUAAAUGUGACGGUGAGAAACAUUUAGAUUGGCAAGCAAGCUGCUCUUUGAGCCCCCUUUCUGACGCGCAAGAUCAAGAGGAGACUGAUGAGGACGAUGAUUGGCUUGUUAUGCCUAUUAGCGUAUUAGAUGUUAAAUGGGAACCAGCAGAUGAAGGCCAGGCUGACCCAGAAACUGUUUCACAGCAUGAUGGUGAGCAUGAAGACCAGGUAAAACAAAGUGACACAAAUCCAGCUGUCUGUGAGGUACCCGGAUCUGUUCCAAACCAUGUGCCAGCUUCUGCUUUUUCCAUGAUGGAGGUUUUUGAAACACCUUCUCAUCUAGCAAAAGUCAUACAAUCUAGAGAGACAAUGCAACAGUCCUUCAUGGUGCCUUCUUCCUGGGGCACAACUGAGACUAAAGCUCAGAGACCACAAAAUAGGGAGUCACAUAGUGCUCCUGAUGACAGUUGUGAAACUGACGAUAGUUCCGAUUACUCUGCUGAUUCAGGACGUAACUAUCUGACCGUGUCCAAACAGUGGUUAAGUAACCUGUCAGCGCCUGCGUCAGCAGAGAAAAAUGACUCUGGUUCUGAAAAAGAAAAUGAAGACCAUGAGAUGGCAAACUUACAACCAAGUCAAACGGGGAACAGAAGCAAGUCUUCAGAAAAGGAUGACAUCAUCAACCUUGAUUCUGACACCGAGGAUGAAGGUGUCCAAAGCUGUCCAGAGACAAAAACAAAGAGAUUAUUCUCUACACGCACAGAGAACAGUGGAGCUGCCAGCCUUAAUCAACUGAAGAAACCUUCUCCUGAAACUGUGGAAGGAAACUGUCAAACCAAUGGACAAAAGCACGAAGCAUUUCAGAUGAUCCUGCUGUUAUAG